GCCAUCAGCUUCACGGACUAAAAAGAAGCCUCGUUUCCUCGUGCCGCUAUAGAAAUGUCUUCCUACUCCACUCCGGGCUUAACCGGAUCAAAGUCUCUUUCGUCCUUAGUUGAUUGUUCUCAGAAUAUCUGGAGUCCAGACAGGAUUGAGCCAGGAGAGGGUGACCUCUUGAGGGCAGACCCCGAGGCAUGGCGCGUCUCCUCGCUUCUCAGACCCAGGAGAGCUGCGCCCCCUCUCCGUGCGCGGGGAGAGUACUCCAACCGAGCCGAGAAAUCCGUUACCAGGCUGCUGUGUCCCCAAGGGCCAUUCCAGGGCGGAAGAGGACGGGGAAAACCGCUGUGUUGAUUCCUCAGCCCUGUGGGCUGGGCGCGCAGCGGGUCAGGUUACAGACAGUGGGCCUGGGCCGUCUGCUCCACGACCCCCCCGAGGACUGCCGCAGCGACGGCGGCAGCAGCAGCAGCAGCAGCGGCGGCAGCAGCAGCGCGGGGGAGCCUGGAGGCGCCGAGAGCAGCUCGUCCCCGCGCGCCCCCGAACGCGAAAUCUCCGAGCCCGGCGACGCCGAGGGCCCGGGCGGACACCUGGCGGCGAUGCAGCGUCCCGUCGCCAGGUCGAAAAUCAAGUUCACCACAGGCACGUGCAGCGACCCUGCGGCCCACAGCUGUGAGCUGUGCGGCAAGGCCUUCCGCCUGCAGCGCAUGCUCAACCGGCACCUAAAGUGCCACAACCAGGUGAAGAGGCACCUGUGCACCUUCUGUGGCAAGGGCUUCAAUGACACCUUUGACCUGAAGAGGCACGUCCGCACGCACACAGGCAUUCGCCCCUACAAAUGUGACAUCUGCAACAAAGCCUUCACCCAGCGCUGCUCCUUGGAGUCCCACCUGAAAAAGAUCCACGGGGUGCAGCAGCAGUAUGCCUACAAGCAACGCCGGGACAAGCUCUACGUCUGCGAGGAUUGUGGCUACACGGGCCCCACCCAGGAGGACCUGUACCUGCACGUGAACAGUGCCCACCCGGGCAGCGCCUUUCUCAAAAAGACGUCCAAAAAACUAGCGGCUCUUUUGCAAACCAAGCUGAUGUCCAUGCGCCCAGGGAAUGCCAAUCUGAGCGAGGAGGAGGAGAAGUGAGGAGGAGGAGGCAGCCAGAGCUGCCACGUUUACAGGGAUUUGGGGUUUUGAAGGUUCCCCCAACCCCACUUGGGUUCAGUUCAUCCCUCUGCCCUUCCAGGGCCGGAGGCAAAGCUGGGGGAUCUGUUCUAAGGGUCAUCAGUGAGAAUCGUGGUGGCAGGCCCCCUGUAACCCACAUCCUCUUGACAGUCACAUUAACAAAAGUUUGUGGAUGGUCACGAUCACUGUAAGGCAUUUUUCUUUCUUUCUCUCUCCUUUUUUUUUUUUUUUUUUUUAGGAUUUUCACAUGUGGAGGCCGAGGUGUUCUUAGAGAGACUCUCAUUUUAUGGUGCCUUGAAAUAAAAGUACUUCCACUUGC